UUAAAUUCGUUCAGUAUACUGUUGUACAAAUUGUUUUAUUAUAUGUAACAUUAAUUGAAAUGACACGAACUGUAUAUGAAACAAAUAUGAAUAUUUCAGUUAGAAAUGGUUCUAUGGCUGAAUUAUCAUGCCCAAUAGAUAUUGCUCUAACAAGAAAGGAAUUGGAAACACUAACAUGGAUCAGAGCACCAAGACAGCUGCUUACAAAAGGCGUUUUCAGAGUAACAGAAAAUCCUAGAAUAUUCUUAGCACCUAUGGAUCUUUUGAAAACCAAAGCUUCAAGUUUAUUUUUACGACCAACACUACCAGACGAUGAAGGAGAAUAUAGGUGUACACUUACACUAAAAGAUAGAAUUCAUGUUCAUACGGUAUCUUUGAAUAUUUCAGUGCCUCCAACCAUUAUUAAAUCUCCUGUUCCAUACUUAAAAGUUGAUGAAGGUUCAUCACUUGAACUAAGGUGUUUGGCGACAGGAAAUCCACCACCUCAAAUAACAUGGAAAGUUUAUUCUAAUUCAUUAGUAAAAGAUGAUAAAAUUGAUCAGAAAUUAUUAUCAAUUUAUGAUGCUUUUGCUGGAUUAGGAGUGCCUAUUAAUCAUCAUAAUGGUACUUUGAUUAUUGGUAAAUUACACAGAAAAAUGAAUCAACGUUUUGUGUGUUUAGCAGCUAAUGGUGUUCAACCAGAUGACCAAAGAGAAGUAAUUCUAUCAGUACGAUUUUCACCGGAGGUCAGAAUGACUAAUCGUGUUAUCAAACAAGGUAUUGGUAUGAAUACAGUGUUGACAUGUCAAGUCAGUGCACAUCCACCUGGAUCCAUACGAUGGCUUUUUAAUCAUCAUUAUCCUAUAGCUGCCACAAGUUGUGAUGUUAUGACAAAUGCAGAGAAAAAAUAUUGCUUACAGGAACAUAGACCGCAAUCAUACAAUAGUUUAUCUGCAACAACAUCAAAACUAGCUAUUUUCAAUUUAAAACUAGAAGAUUUUGGUGAUUACGUUUGUUCAGUUAAUACGAUUAUGGGUGAAUCAUUCGGAGUGACAACUUUACAAAGGUUCAAAACUGGGCAUUUUGCGACCGAUUCAGCAAAAACAAUGCAUCAAAAGCAGAUCGAAAGAUUAUCAGAUAAACAGGUUCCUCAGGACAAGAUAACGAACUCUCAUGAAUACCUAAAACAGAUUGGACUGUCAAAAAAUAAAGUUUAUCAAAGACCGACAGAUCUUCAAGAUACUCCGAAAAAUGCUACAAUCUAUGCUGCGCUGAAUAUAAAAUUGCUACUACUAUUCAACACAUUGACUCUUAUUCUACACUUCGUAUAUUCCUAAAAAGAUAUCUAUGGAAUGAAUAGAUAUCAUCUAAUAAAUCGGUGUAUUUUGGUUUUUACAUGUUUGUAAAUAUUGACAAGAAACCGUUUGUCAC